AUGUCCGUUUGGGGUCUGCAAUGGAGCUGGAAUCUGGCUCUGACACUGGAGACUCUCCUCUUUAGGCUGGAGGAGAGUGUCCUGUCUGAGGAAAAGAGGCUGACGGUUCGUGGAGCUUCCCCAGAUGCCCCGCCAACUUGUCUACCCGCACGAGUCCGAGAGAUUGUGACCAAAAACCUCAGCGAUCCCUCUCCCUGCUACGCCCUAACAGCCGGAGCGAUGUCGUCUGUCCUGUCCCUCCAGGAGGAGAAUCGCAUGCUGCAGAGUGAGCUCGGUCGGCUGGAAGAUUUGCUUGCCCACAGCCGUGCAGACCGCGAUGAACUGGCCAUCAAAUACAGUGCCAUUAGUGAAAGGCUGGAGCAGGCGCUACGUUUGGAGACUGGAGAAGGGGACCAUGACUCUCCAGAGUCCCGCAGCCUGGCCCAGCAGAACCUGGACCUGCGCAGAAGACUGGACGAGGAGCAAGCCGCCUACAAGCGCAAGCUCACCGCUUACCAAGAGGGACAGCAGAGACAGGCACAACUGGUGCAGAAGCUCCAGGCCAAGGUUCUGCAGUAUAAGAAGAAGUGUGGUGAUUUGGAACAGUCUCUUCUGGAAAAGUCAUCGGAACUGGAGCAGCACAGGCUCAAGGAAGAGGAGCCUGGCAGUGACCUUGAGACGGCUCUAAUUCGACUGGAGGAGGAGCAACAGAGAAGUAGCAGUCUCUCUGCGGUGAAUGCCAUGCUGAGAGAACAGCUUGAGCAGGCUGGACUGGCCAAUGAGGCGCUUAGUCAGGACAUACGCCGUUUGACCGCUGAUUGGACAAAAGCCAGAGAAGAGCUUGAGCAGAAAGAAUCUGAUUGGAGAAGGGAAGAAGAGUCUUUCCACAGUUACUUCAGCAGUGAGCACAGCCGUUUGCUGUGUCUAUGGCGACAGGUGGUGGGGUUCCGGAGGCAUGUCUGUGAACUGAAGAGUGCCACUGAGAGGGACCUUUCUAACAUGCGGAAUGAGCUGGCGCGGGCAUCCCAGUCUGCCCAGCUGUCCUGCGCCGGGCUGUGUGCCGCCCUCCGGAGCCGCGAGGACGGGGCCUCCCUGGCGCUGGAGCGGGAGGUGGUCCAGCGGGCACAGCUGGAGGAGCAGUUACGGGACAAAGUGACCGAGAUGAUGACUCUACAGGCCAAAAGUGACUCGGAGCGAGCGGAGCUGAACGCCAGGCUGGCGGAUGCGGUGCGGGAGGUGGAGAGGCUGAAAGCUCGGGCGGAGGAGAGGGAGCAGGACCUGGCCUCUCUCACCAGGAGGCUUGAGGAGCAGAGUGGUGAUGAACAGACAGACCUGCAGGCUCUCAGAGCACACACUGAGGCUCUGCUGGACACUCUGAGAGAUAUCGCCCAGGCGGUGUUGUCAGAUGGUGACUCUGGGAUAUUCAUGUCUGCCACAGAGGGAGAUGGCAGGGAGGGAGAAAGCCCAGCUGCAUCUCUGUUGCCCCUGCUGCGUUCGUCCUCCCCUCACCGCCCCUCAUCACCACGGCGAUCUUUGUCACCAUGUCGAUCCUCCUCCCUGUUACCUUCAGAGGCUAGUCUCUCAGCCCUGCGCUCAGCUGUGUCCAGCAAACAGCUCCAGCUGCAGGAAAUGCGUGGGCGUCUGCUUUCUGCACAAUCGUCUGUGCAGCAGCUGCGCAGGCAGCUUGGAGAGGCGGAGUCAGGCAAACGGGAGGCGGAGCAGCGUAUGCAGAUGUUGCAGGGAGACGACAAGGACGGUUUGGAAAAAGCUUUGCAGGCGUCGCAGAUGAAAGCGCAGCUUCUGCAGCUGGACUGCGAUAAAGCGCAGCUGGCGCUGACCUCUCUUCAGAGAGAGAAAGAUCGUGAGAGUGAGGAAAAAGAAGCAGCCAUUCAGGACAGAGACCGAGUCAAAGCUGAGACGGAGAAAACUCAAAGGCAGUGGGAGCAGAGUGAGAGUCGAGCGUCCUCUCUCCGUACGGAGCUGUCUGCCGUCAGGGAGGCUCAGCAGCAAAGUCUGGUGGAGAAACAGCUUCUGGAGGGAGAGAAGGCCCAGCUCACUGAGUCUCUGGCCAGGGCUGAAUCCAGUAAUGCAGAGCUGUCCCUCCUGGUAAAUAAACUCCACUCUGAGGAGGCAGCACUGCGGGACUCUCUGGCCAAAAUGGGCAGUCUCAACGAGGGCCUGGCCCAGGACAAGUCUGACCUCAACAACGUCAUCAUCCAGCUGGAGGAGGAAAAGAACCUCCUGCUCUCCCAGAAACGGGAGGCGGAGCAGGAGAAGCUGACCAUUAGAGACGAGCUUGUCCGACUGGAGCAGGACAGGCUGGAGCUGGAUUCCGCCCGGCUGGCUCUCCAGCAGUCCCUUCAGGAGGCGGAGCUUAUUCGGGUGGGGCUGGAGACAGAGAUUCAGAUGGUGAGAGCAGACAGGGUCAAACUGCAGGACAAAGUGACUCAGCUGUGUGGGGAGGUGAGCUCGUUGGGGGCGGAGUUGAGCCUGGCCCGUGGGGAAGGAGAAAGACAAGGCGUGGCCCUAGAGGAGGUCGGACGUAGCCGUGCGGAGCUAGCUCGGGAGAGGGCGGGGCUGGUGGUUCAGCUGACGGCGUCUGAGAGAGAGAACGCCUCUCUCACAGAGGAGCUGGCUGCUUUCAGGUCGGAGAGAGAGGCUCUGGAGACCAGUCUGUUUGAGGUGCAGCAGCAGCUGUUGCAGCUGGAGUCCCGGAGAGAGCAGCUGGAGACUGAGAACCAGAAUCUGCGGCUGCGCAGUGAGAGCACAGCAGUGGAGCUGAAGCGACUGCGUGCUGACAGAGAGAAUGCCCUGACUCAGAGUGAGAGAGAAAGAGAGGCUCUCAAACAGGCCUUGCAUGCUGCCCAACAGGAGGCUCAGCAAGCUAUGCGCAGUCUCCUUAAUGACCACCAGGAGGAGCUAGAGAGACUCACUGCAGAAAAGGACGCCCUGCGCCGUAGUCUGGAGGUCGAGCAGGAGGGGUCACUGCGUCGUCUCAGAAAGGAGGCUGAGGAGCAGCUCCACAGGGCGGAGAGGGAAAAGGAGGAACUGCGGGAGGAGUUACGAAGCCUGCAGCACGAGAGAGAUCAGAGCCUGCUACAGGCUGAAACCGAAAAACAGCAGGCCCUGUCCCUGAAAGAGACAGAGAAGGCCGUGUUGUCUGAGAGGAUUUCUGCUCUCCAGGCGGAGCUGAGCGCGUCAGUGUUGGAAACAGAGCGGCUGACCAGAGAAGCAGCGCAUUUCAAAGACCAGGAGAGGGCCACCGUUGGAACUCUGAACGGGGAGAUCCAGGAGCUGCGCUCUCAGUUAGAGGACCUGGUCAGCGGCCGCAGCCGGGAUCUGCGCAGACUGCAGGAAACAUGCGCAGACCACCAGACACGAGCAGAUGCUGCACUGAAAGAGCUGGAGGAAUGCAGGGCAGCCCUCGCCGCCAGCGAGGAGAGCCGUGACAACGCGAGGCGGGACCUCAUGGAGAUUGACAAGCGUUUGUGCCAGACACGCGACGCAGGGGAGGAGCACAGGCGGGACUCUGUGGAGUUGAGGCGCUCCCUCUGUGAUGUCACUAAAGAGAGAGACACGCUGAGCCAGUCCAACAACCAGCUGAGAGAAGCACUCAGAGCUGCGGAGAGCGAACGGAUCAGCGUGAGACGUCAGUGUGAGGAGAAGGAGCAGAAGCUGGCUGUGCUGGAGGAGAACCUUGCGUCUUCGCAGAGGGAGGUGGCUGAGCUGCGCAGCUGUCUGCGGGAGGUGGAGAAAUCCAGACUGGAAGCACGUAGAGAGCUGCAGGAGCUGCGCAGACAGGUAAAGGUUCUGGAUGGAGAGAGGGAGCAGAAAGGGAGAGAGGUGGCAGAGCUUCAGGCUCGACUUUCAGUGGAGGAGCAGAAAGAGGAGGAGAGAGGGAGGGAGCUUUUUACUCUCAAACAGAGGCUGACCGAGGCAGAGACGGCAAAGAACUCCAUGAAAAAGGAGCUGUCGACGCUGCAGAAGAGGUUGGCGGAGUCGGAGUUCGGCUGGCGCGGCUGCGAGCGGGAGCUGACGGCGCAGCUGCAGGAGGCGCGCGGCUGCGAGAAGAAGCUGCAGGACGAGGCGCGGAACCUGGCCCUGCGGGCGCAGACCGCCGCCGACUCGGCCGCGCAGACGGGGCUGCAGCUCAGCGAGGCCCAGGGUCGGCUGGCGGCCACGGAGGCGGAGCUGGCGCGGUCGGAGGCGGGCAGACGGGAGCUGGAGUUCCGUCUGAGCAGCCUGCAGUCCGCCCUCACCCGCACGCUGGGCAUCGGGGCCGCGGGCAGAGGGAGCAGGGGCAGGAGCCCCGCGGGUAGCUCCCCUUCUUCCGUCAGCAGCAUCGUCCCCCGACGUAGGAGCGCGUCCCCUUUGCACGCCUCUCUGUCUCCCCAAAAAGAUUUAACAUGCAGCACCACCCCUGAUAACUCCAUACCACGACCCCUCUCUCCUGAGCGGGGGGACACACCCCUCCCCGUGGCACUGCCGGAGCUCGACCCCGAGACUUUACGCUGUGGACUUCGAGACUUCAUACAGGAGCUGCGCGAGGCCCAGAGAGAGCGGGAUGAGGCUCGUGGCCAGCUGGGGGCGCUACAGAGAGAGUUGGAAGAGGUGACAGGAGAGAAAGACUCUGCUCUCGCUCGACUCACAGAGUUAAACAAUACACUCCAGGAGUGCCAAGAGGGAAGGCGUGGUGUAGACGGGAGACUGAGCUCCACACAGGCUCUGCUGCAGCAGCAGGAGGAGGCUGUGCGUCGAGGGGAGAGAGAGAGGAGAGCUCUGACUGACAGAGUCAAAGAGCUGGAGAGAUCUCUUCAGAAUGCAGAGACAGAGCAGAAACACACACAGGAGCAGCUGAAUAAGCUGAGAGCAGGAGAGGUCAGGCUGGAGGCGGAGAGGCGCAGGCUGAGGGAGGCUCUGGAGGCAGCAGAGGCGCGGGGCACCAGGGUGGAGCUGGGCAGGCGUAGUUUGGAGGGAGAACUGCAGAGGCUGAGGCUGAGUUUGGCAGAGCGGGAAGCAGAGAGCCAAACUGCACAGGAGCGCUAUGAAGCCUCGCUAAAACAGGUGGCUGAGGGGGAGGGCCGUGUGGCCUCUCUGCAGAGGGACGUGGAGCGACUGACGCUCCUGCUGGCUAAAGCUCAGGAGGGAGAGAGCUCUCAGAGAGACCGGGCUCAGAACCUGGCCCAGAACCUUCAGGAGGCCUCAGCUGCCCACAGCACCACCCAGGGUCGCCUGGCAACGCUGCAGAAGACGCUGGGUUUGUCGGAGCAGGACCGCAGGCAGCUGCAGGACCGUCUGGAUGCUACGCGGACCUCUCUCUCGGAAGGGAAACGCGCCAUCGCCGCCCUCACGGAGCGCAUGCAGAGUCUUCAGUCGGAGCUAGCUCAGAGCGAGGUGCGCAGAGCGGAGCUGGAGGCCGAGCUGUCCAACACGCAGGAGAUCCUGCGGCAGCGUACGGCCGGCCUUGCUGAGGCCCAGCACAGUGCUCGGUCUGCGCAGGCGGAGCGAGCGUCUGCGGAAGAGCGUCUGCGCGGGUUGCAGAGAGCGGUCGCUAUGCUGGAGACGGAGAAAAAGGACGCGGAGAGACAGGCGGUCCGUCUGGAGAAAGACAAGAAUGCCCUAAGAAACACAUUAGACAAGGUGGAGCGUCAGAAGCUGAAGACAGAGGAGGGUAGCAUGCGUUUAUCCGCAGAGAAAGGUCGUUUGGACCGCUCCCUCAGCACAGCUGAGCAAGAACUACAGGAUGCUCAGAGACAAAUAGCUCUGCUUCAGGCCCAGCUGGCAGAGAUGGAGCAGGCUCACAGCAUGAGCGAGCACUCGACGCGGCAGCGAGAUGAGGCCCAGCGUGAGGCGGAGAGACUGAGAGCCAGUCAGAGGGAGGCUGAAAGAACUCUGGCCGCCAGGGAACGAGCCCAUCGCCAAAGAGUCAAAGGCCUGGAAGAGCAGGUGUCCACUCUGAAGGAGCAGCUGCAGCAGGAGAUCCGUCGACGACAGCCCUCCCUACCUGUCCUGUCCGGCGGGAGCUGA